CAUUUCACCCGAGCGCGCUUCGAUAUCUCGAAGAACAAAAAUACCGGAAGUCGCGCUCGGAGCGCUCCGCGCGGCGCGUUCGGCCGGCCGCACCACACCCCCCUCCACCGCAGGUGGUAGAGUCGUCGGUUUGUUUAUUUCGGCUUAGCGUUGACUGUUUGAGGCAAACGAAGACACUUUUCCGACUAAUUCGAGGCCGGGGAACACGAUUCUGCCGUCAGAUUUCUUAUAGAAUGUGAAUUACACCUGGUGUCCGACUGGUUUAACUGCAACUGCUCUCCCUUUUCUCAACCUCAAAGUGCAUUACGUUCUCAUAGAAAUAGCUUUUGAAUGUAACCUUUCUCGCAUUGCGAAGUGGGCUAGGGGUUAUAACCCCGUUUUGUUUUGUUUUGUUGUUUUUCAUGAAACUUUCAUGACACUAUCAUCAAACAUUUAUACUAAAAUGAAAAAGAAGCGUGAUAGUUCAUAAUUCCUUCUAAAUAGACCAUUUGGAACCUUUGUCACACAGUAAAACUUCAAUGAAGUCAGUCUAUUACAAGAUAUGCUUAUGCUUUUGUUUGAUUUCCAGGAGAAGUUCUACAGUAUAAUAUGGGAACCCAGGAAUUUGUAUUCUCUCAGGUGGGGUCCAGUGCAGGACCUGGAUUUGUUAAUGUAGGCAAUAACUGCUAUGUUAACUCUGUGCUGCAGUGCCUCUUCUCUUUAGAAGAAAUUCAAAAACUCUGUGUUGAUUUAGCAAACCAUAACAUCAAGGGCUCAGGAAAUGUGGCAACAGCUGUCAGUCAUCUAUGGAAUUUGAGGAAGAGGGCAAAGGAUUUAGCUGUCGCUCCUGUUAAGUUCCUUGCAAUGUUACAGAAGGAAUGGCCUGAAUUUUUGCCAAAGGAGCAGAUGGACAGCUCUCAAUUUCUGUAUUUCCUGCUUAAUUCUUUGCAUAAUGAACUUCUGGUGAGUCUUGUUUCACCUAAAAUACUGUCAAGUAAUUUUACUGACAAAGUGACUUAUCCUGGUGUAACAUGUUGUAUUAGAUCAUACAGCAACUUCAAGGAGACCCCUCUUAAAGAGGACAGUUGGCUUUCCCUUAUAGUGCACUCUUGGAAGUAUAGAGUCAAGUCUCCAAUUUCAGAAAUUUUUGGAGUUCAGGUGGUCAGACUCACUUCAUGCAGUGGGGGCUGCUCUUAUGAAAAUGUGUCGUGUAGGGACAUUGACUUCAUUACCACAAUUUUUAUACCUGAGUGCGAGAGCAUUGCCUUGAGUGAUUGUCUUAGGAGUCACUGCAAGGAAAAUUUUUUGACGGAUUCUAAGUGUGACUUUUGUAAAAAAGUGGGCACACUUCGUACCACACUUUUGUUUGGCAGAGUGCCAAAAGUUUUUGUAAUUCAACUUGGAAGGUUUGUCCAACGUUCCCCCACUCAUUUUCAUAAGAACAAUGCAGCAGUGGAGUUUGAACAGAAUCUGAACCUAGCUGACUAUGUAGUAGAGGGGCUGCAGACACAAACCUCCUACUCCCUUGUUGGAGUCACCAACCACUCGGGCUCCCUUCAAUCUGGCCACUACACCAGUUUCAUUAGGAAGAAUGACAGAUGGUAUGAGUUUGAUGACUCAAGAGUGUCCAGUGUCACAAGUAGAAAACUGGACCCCAGAAAGGCAUACCUUCUUUGGUAUUCCCGCUUGCCACGAGUUGUUCCUGAUGGGAAAUCUAGUCUUCCCACCUGCUCACCUAUAAAUGUGUCUGCAGCUCCACGUCCUUCUCAUCUUGCCACUCCUCAUAAAUUACAGACAACCCAAUCUGAUUUAGAACCAGCUCCCUCCCCUAAAAAAGCAAAGGUAUAA